CGCUAGUCUACAACUCUAGCUUGUGCAGCAAUCACGACACGUCAACCCCGCGAACGCGACGUUGGACCUCGACAACAAACUGCCUACGACACCUCUGCACACGUCGCAAUCAUGCCAGAAGCUCCCACGAUUCCCGCCACGCCCGUAGCAAAGCCCGUGCCGGUCGCCCAAGCCCACACACGCGAGCAAGCCGUCGCGUACUACGAGAAGGUGAAGAAGCAGCUACGUGAUCUGAUCCAUCAGAAGCGACAUCACGACAAGCAACUUGCGUUGUACGAAGACAACAUCUACAAGGCCGAGACAGCGUACCUCGAAGACACCCAGAACGGCAACAUCAUCAAGGGGUUCGACAACUACAUCAAGGGGGGCGUGACGCGCCGCAAGACAGCCCUAAACGACACGGACCGGAUCUUCUCGCUAUCCUCGCUUACGUAUGCAACCAAGUUGCAGCAGGAGCAAGAGUCCACGCCCGUGACGGCCAGCUCCACCCCGACGGUUCCGGAUCUACCACGGCUCCAGACAUCACACAUUGCCAAGAGCAACAAGAAGAAUCCCAGCCGUAAGCGCAAGGCGGACGAUGAGUCCGAGAGCGUGUCCGAGGUGGAGACGCCUGGGCCGAAGAGAGUGAGGAUUUCGUUUUCGGGACAGGGCGGUCAGUAAGAUGGCUAGCACAACUUGUGCGUGCCCGAUAAUGUCUUUAUUUAUUUAUGAAUAAGUGUAUUUUAAUCCGGACGGCGUAAAUGGCGUUUGCUUGUCUUUGCUUUCUGGGAGGAUCGGGUCAUGUUUUUUUUCUUCUUUUCGCUCAAUGCAUGCAUAGUCUGGUAGAAUACAAUGAUGAGAUUUGCACACAAUCCC